GUACAGACGCACCAACGACACAAUGAGCCACAGCGAGACGCCACUGCAAUUCCUAUCCGCGGCCGAGCUCCAGCGGAAGCUGGCUACCGGGGAGACCACUAGCGUGGCGCUGGUGAGCCAGUUCCUGGACCACAUUGAGCGACACAACUGGCAGGGACGGAAGCUUAAUGCCGUCACCGCGACCCUGCCUCGGGAACUGGCAGUGACUCAAGCGAAAGAGCUGGAUGAAGAGCGAGUAAACGGGAAACUGAGGGGGCCGCUCCAUGGCAUCCCGAUUAUUGUCAAGGAUACUGUGGUGACAGACGAGGCAUGGGGCAUGCCGACUAGUGCGGGGACAGCCGUCUUUACGACAUUGAGGGCAAGAGAGAAUGCUACCGUUGUCGAUAGAAUGCGAGAGAACGGCCUGAUUAUUCUUGGCAAGGGCAACAUGACAGAGUUCUGUGGAAUGAAAAACAAGGACACACCAGUCGGAUGGAGCGCCUUCAAAGGUCAAACCCUGUCCGCGUACCGCCGCAAAGACCUUGACGAAAAAGACCAGCCGGUCUCGGGCGGCUCAUCUUCCGGGUCGGCCGUGAGCGUAUCGGCUGGUUUCGCGCCCCUGGCCAUCGGUACCGAGACGACGGGCUCGAUGGUGCUACCGGCAAGCACCAACGGCGUUUACGCCAUCAAGCUGAGCUACGGCGCGGUGCCGACUCGGGGUAUAUUUAAACUGAGCCGUAGUUACGACUGCGUAGGGGCGAUGGCGCGCGAUCCGGCGGAUCUUGCUCCUCUCGCCUCCAUUCUUAUUUCUGACCACAGCAACGACGUCUCACAGGCCGUACAAACGAGACUCAAGCAAGAAGAGUUGCGUAAGGGGGCAAGAGACGAGACUGAGAAGGGCUUUAAGGGACUGGGAAUCGCGGUGAUGGCUCCGGCAUGGGGCGUGCACGAGUCGGUUCUCAAGGGCAAAUGGGACCAUCCCGAUGUGAUUAGCAAGUAUGAGGGCGCGAUCGAGAAGAUGAGGUCUCUCGGCGCCAGGACAGUCUAUCCACUUCAGGUCCCAGAGGCAGACGACGUGCUCAAGUACAAGGAUCAAUCACUCGCUACGACGGCGUACUACGAGUUCCCACAUAACGUUGAAGAGUUCAUCGCGUGCUUCCAUGACAAUCCCGAGAUACGAAAGCUCCAAGAUAUUGUUGAUUGGAAUGAGGCGAACAAGCACAUUGCCAUGCCAGAGCCACACACGGGCCAAAGCGAGCUCAUCGCCGCGCUCAACUCGACCCUCUCGCCAGACGAUCACGCCGCCACCGUCGCUCACCUCCGCCACGUCGCCGAGCGAGAGACCAUGGGCAAGGCCAUGAACGAUGCAAACGUAGACAUCGUGCUGUCCGCCUCGGACGCGCAGCUCGUCACGUUUGCCGCGUGCGCGGGGUGGCCGACGGCGGCGGUGCCGCUGGGGCGAUGGACGGCGCGCAACGGGCAGCCGUACGGCAUGUUUGCGCUGGCGAGACGCGGGAGGGAGGACGUGCUGCUGCGAUUCAUGGUGGCCUGGAAGAGGCACGACAUUGGCGAUGUGGAGCGGCCAAAUAUGGAAGGCUGGGAGUGA